GGUCGCAGGGGUUUGGGGUCCAUUUUCAUCUGGGCAUCAGGGAACGGCGGCAGAGAGGGUGAUUACUGCUCCUGUGAUGGCUACACCAACAGUAUCUACACCAUCUCCAUCAGCAGCACCACCGAGAACGGUUACAAGCCCUGGUACCUGGAGGAAUGUGCUUCCACCCUCGCCACCACCUACAGCAGUGGAGCUUUUUACGAGCGGAAAAUAGUCACCACAGAUCUCCGGCACCGCUGCACAGAUGGCCACACUGGCACCUCCGUGUCUGCCCCCAUGGUCGCAGGCAUCAUCGCCUUGGCUUUGGAGGCAAACCCCCUGCUCACCUGGAGGGAUGUUCAGCACCUGCUGGUCAAAACCUCACGGCCAGGGCACCUGCGAGCGGCUGACUGGAAGACCAAUGGUGCAGGGCAUAAAGUUAGCCAUCUAUAUGGCUUUGGGCUGGUGGAUGCUGAUGCUGUUGUGGUGGAAGCCAAGAAGUGGAAGAUGGUUCCUCCCCAGCACGUCUGUGUGGGAAGCCUGGACAGGGUGCCCAAGUACAUCCGAGCAGACCACGUGCUGCGUGCCAGCACCCUCAGCAGUGCCUGUGCUGAGCACCGUGACCAGCACGUGCUCUACCUAGAGCAUGUCGUGGUGCGGCUCAGCAUCUCCCACCAGCGCCGAGGAGACCUCCAGAUCAGCCUCAUCUCUCCAGCAGGGACCAGGUCGCAGCUUCUCGCCAGGAGGGUGUUUGACCACUCCAACGAGGGGUUCAAGGGCUGGGAGUUCAUGACUGUCCACUGCUGGGGGGAGCGAGCAGCAGGGGAGUGGACCCUGGAGAUCCAUGACACACCAUCCCAAGUGCGCAACCCUGCCGUGCAAGGGAAGCUGAAGGAGUGGAGCCUCAUCUUCUAUGGGACAGCUGAGCAUCCCUACACUGCGCUGGGUGGGCCCCAGUCCCGUGGGAGAUCAAUGGAAGUGUCAACAUCAGAGAUGGAGCCAUCGAGAGCUGCCUUCCUGCAGAGCCAGGUGGAGGUGGCAGAGGAAGAAGAGGAGUAUGCAGGUCCGUGUCACCCUGAGUGUGGUGACCAGGGCUGCGAUGGCCCCAACGCCGACCAGUGCUUGAACUGCAUCCACUACAGCCUGGGCAACAUGAAAACUGGCAGGAUGUGUGUGAGCUCGUGCCCCGCAGGGUUUUUCGGUGACAAAGGUGCCCGGAGGUGCCGCCGGUGCUACAAGGGCUGCGAGCGCUGCGUUGGAAGGGGUCCCACCCAGUGCACAGCGUGCAAGAGGAACCUCUACCACCACCAGGAGAUGAACACCUGCGUGGUGCUGUGUCCGCCCGGGUUUUACGCCGAGGAACGUCAGAAACGCUGUCUGAAAUGUCAUCAAAGCUGUAAAAAAUGUGUCGGCGAAGCAGACAAAUGUACUGCAUGCAAAGAGGGAUUCAGCCUGGCAGGUGAGAGCUGUGUGCCAGAGUGCCAGCCUGCCAUGUACCUCAGCCGGGAGCCCCGGCGGUGUGAGACCUGCUCUGCCAGCACAGGGCCAGGUGAGGAGGACUGUGCACCCUGCACCCCUGAGGGCCCUGCACCACACUGGCGCUGCGUCCCUGCCUGCCGUGAGGGUUUCUACCCUGCUGACAGCCAUGGGCUGCCCAACAAAGUCUGCAAGAGGUGUGAUGACCACUGCUCAGCCUGCGAGGGCUCCAGUGGAAACUGCCUCAAGUGUAAAGAAGGUUUCAGCCUCCUCGGUGGCUCCUGUGUAAGAAAUGAGACCUGUACCAACGCUGACAAGACUUUCUGUGAGAUGGUGAAAUCAAACAAGCUCUGUGAAAAGAAGCUGUUUGUGCAGUUCUGCUGUCAGACGUGUCUUAUGGCCGGGUAA